GCAAGACUCGCGAGUGAGAGAGCGUUGAGACGUCACGAAAGGAUGCAGCCAAGCGGACAAGAGAAGGUUGAAUAUAUAGCUAACCAAAAAUCUCUGGAAGAAGGCGGCAGCGGAGAGCCAGCACGGUUUGGCGAAUCGGGCACAUGUCUGAGGGGUGGCGUCUGAUAAGUCGGUGGGCUUCUGGGCAGACCCAGCGUCGCAGCCGGUUCCACCGCAGCAGCUGGAGCGAGCCUUGCUCUGAGUGGCAGUUGCAGCCAGAGCGGGGAGUGGGACGGCCGAGGACUGCCAUCCUGGAAGGCCCGCCUCGUGGGCAGCAGUGGGAGCCCAAUUCUGUGAUUCGCUUCUGGGAAUUGCCUUUUCUGCUGGUCGCAUGGGGGUGGAAUUUCGAUGGAAGCAGCGAGCAUGCGAGCAGAUCUUGGCGGCGGAAGUUUGUCAGGGAAAAAAAAACUAAAUGGGCGAUCGCCCUGACGCUCCCGACCAAUCACUUGCGCACGUGGUGGCAGAAUCGCCAUGAUCAGCCUGCACCGCCUGCCCAUCGCAACCUGUCGCCUGCUCCGACACAGACUGGCCAAUCAGUCCCCCGCACUGCACCACGGGGUCGAAUCCUGGAGCCUGAGCCUCCCGCUCUCCCUCACUGCGUUGUCAACUUGUCAUCCAGACAGAACUCGCACCACGGUCCUGCACGACGGUUCCGCGCGCACUGCCACUCCUGCACGCCCGGCUUGUCAGUUUCAGAACGGAAAGAGCGCACCCGACCACUUUCCCUCUUGAGACCUGUCGAACCCGACUGCCUGCUGUCGGCUGCCAGAUUACGUUGCGGCGUCGUCAGGGAGGACGGAGAUACUCUGGGGUUGGACAGCAGAUCAAGAUGCCAAGUGAUACGAUUCAGGCGGCAUGAUAAUCGUGGAUAUUAUUAGUAUUUUGAGACGAAUUCAAUGACCAGUCUGUUCGACAGGUCAUUCUCGCUACGAUUGAGCAUGACAUCGCACCUUGGUUGCUGCAGUUUGGGUCCUCCCUCAAUCUGGAGCUCGAUCUGAAAGCCCCAGGCACGUGUCUGCGUCUCGACCACUCAUAGGUCCCGGCCACAUCAGGCAAUCUCGGCUCAACCACACCCUCACCAAACCACCGGGCAUGACAUCCCAAUGUCUGUGGCUGGACUACG